GUCGCGACCUUCCAUCUGACCUACAGACAAAGGUAACGUGUUGAUAUAUAAAGACAGGAGACACUAGACAAGCACAGUUCAUCUUUCUCUAUCUACCGUGACACACUGUGUACCUCGGACCAACUGUUAUUCACUUACAAUAUUUCACACGUAUAUUUGUGUAAUACCACACAGAAUACAGUCAUCACCUAGACUUGGAUUUUAAUAUUGACGAUUUGGACCUGUCCUCACUUAGAACAAUGAGUUUCCGAAUGUUACGAUCAACAGACUCUUUGGAUGAUGAAUUCUCUUUAAACAAUCAUCGUAGGUUAUGCCGACAGCGUUCGAACUCAGAACCCAAUCGGCUGAGUAUGGAUGAAAGUGGUGUCAACUCUAUUGACAGUAGCGGCAGGAGCCUGCUCUUUUGUGCAGUCCGUUAUGGACAACUUGAAGUAGCACGAGGUCUCCUGGAAUCCCGAUGUGACCCAAAUAUACCCGACGAAUACCGCAACAUUGCUUUGCAUGAGGCUGUUGAAAGGUCACAUCCUGACCUCGUCAAACUCCUGAUAAAAUACGGGUCGGAUUUGGAUGCUAAAAAUUGCCUGGGCCAGACACCUCUGAUGAGAGCUGUAGUUUUCGAUGAUUUGGAGAUCGUUAAGCUCCUUGUUAAAUCAGGAGCUGACCUUGACGAGGUGGAAUGCACAGGGAAAUCUGCACUUCUCAUAGGCAUACUGGAACAGCGGGAAAAAGUAAGCCGGUUUUUAAUCAAAUACGGAUGUGACGUCAACAUUGUCGACAAACUAGGACAAAGUGCUAUGUACCUGGCAUCUCAGUCAACAAGUGCUGAAUCCACGGCUUUGUGCAAACGAUUGAUCAAAGCUGGAUAUGAAACAAAGAAGGAUUCCGAAUGGUUAGAUGAAUCGAGCGUUGCCCGCAGAGUGCUUCGUCGUAAGAGCUUCUUGAAAAAGGUUUACAACAAGCUAAGAAGCCGAAAUGAAAAAGACAACAAGCAGAAAUAUUGCAACAGUGACGCAUCCAGUUCGUGCUCAGACACGCCAACUGAAAGUUAUUCGGACAUGUUUGAAAGUGUAAAUAACCCUUGUAUUAUCCGCGUCCGGAAUUGACUAUUGACACAGAACUAUUCAUUUGACGCAACCGUAUAUGAAUAUGAAAUGGAAUUUCGGCACAGUGACAUUUUUAGAUGAUUCUUGAGUGCGUUUUGUGUUGCAAGAGGUCAUAUUAAGUUAUAUUUAUAUCGGAUUAUGCUCAUAUUGGACAUGAUUAUUGAGUUGAUACUUAAGUAUUCACACAAAUUUAUUAUAUUUAAUAUUAAUUAUGAACGAACUAUAUGAGACACAAACUUUUGUCAUUAAUCUUCAAUGAUAUACAUAUCAUACAUUCAAGCUAUACAAGCUGAUGGAUUCAUUAAGAUAUUGUAAUUAUAUGGUAUGUCUUGUUUUGUUUCAGUAAAUAUUAUCCACUUUAAAACUUUCCAUUAUAUUACGAACAUGUUCCAACCGUUGAGUUUCUGACAAGUUAACAGUGUCAGUGUUUAUUGCCAUAUUUAGCAAUGCAAUCAUUAACUAGAAUCCAUGUUUUGAACCAAUAGCUACUUUUCACGCCUUUCGUAUGCCGGUCGGAAUGUGUUUGGGUUAAGUGAAUGUCUGAAUCAGCAUUCGCCAUUUAUAUUGUGUCACAGUAGCCAAUGUUCUUGGGCCGCAUUGCUCGAUUCUCAUGUUUCGAUUGAACCUGUAUUGAUCAGACUAUUUUAACCAAUGUUUACUCAUUGUACUGCUUUGACUGGAUGUACACUAUGCUGUAGUAGAGUUUACUGAGCCUGUGUUAUUCCACGGCUACAGUUUAAUGUGCUUUGGCACCUAAGGCAGAAAAUACAAAAUGUUGCCUUGAUGAUUUGAACUCUUGAUUUUUUUCAAUGAAUGAGAGUCAGAUCAGAUAAUAGCUCUCAAAGAACACAUAACUAUUUAUAUAGAGCUUAGGAUACAGUUAAUGUUUUUUUCGAUUACUAGAAAUGCCUGUUUUUUAACAGAAAUUAAUUUUUGAUAUAAUGAAAAGGUAUAAUCAUAUUUGUUUCAUUUUCAAGGACAUUUAUUUUGGCGGUUUUUUUCGAUUUUCGAUCCUCAAAAAUAUGAUCCGUUGAAAAAGACUUUUUUUCACUAACAGCAUGAUAUAUACAUUAAUGGAAUAUUUCCGCUACAAGAGAAUAUCUUAUCAUUUUAACAUUGCCGGAUAGUGAUUUAAAUUAUGAAGAGACACAGUGGAUAUAGUAUUUACUUUAACUUCGUCUUGAAUUGUCACGUUUUGUAUUGUAAUAUUGAAAUCCUGCCUUCGCUGCUUUUUCUAAUUGUUGUAAUGAAUAUUUAUACAAAUAAUAAAUGUUUCAUUCAUCAAAA